AUGUAUGCGAGUAAACGUCGGCAGCGCAAUUUCAAAAGGUAAGACAAUUUUCUUACAAUUAAUUACUCCCUCAUUCCUUUUUCAAAUUUCGUCAGCAUAAUCAUCUUAAGAAGCACCUACCGUAAUCCUCAAUUCCUUCUUCUCUCUCUCUUUCUCUCUCUCUCGAAAUCCAUCGGAAAUUCUGUCCUCAUCCUCGUCGUCGUCGCUUCUCGACACUUUCACUAAAUAUUGUUGUCUUCUAGUGGAAUGUUGAAUGUCGAAAUAGGGAUUGAAGUUCUUAGAAGAAACGGAAGAGUAGACGAUAAUUUUUAGAAAAGACGGUGCUAGAAUAUGUUCCAACUUCAACUAGUUAGUGUAAAGGAUAAUUUCUAAUAUCAGAAUGUGACCUUGAAAGCGAAUAACGUAUGCCUAGACAGACAGAAAAAAAGAAUAUAAUUCAGACAUAAAUAUCCAAAAAUUAAUUCUACAAGCACGUUCUAGACCUGGUCAUCUGCCCGUAAGGAACCUGAUGCUCAGCUCUAUUAUAUUCCACGAAAAAUGAAAUAUAGAAAGAAAAAAGUGAAUUCUGAAAAAGCCGGCAGCCGGAAGACAUCGUGCUUCUAGUGGCAGAUCAGCCGUCGCGACUGGGAUCCGACCGCCUCCGGGAUGUUCGUGCCAUGCGCUCAGAUGUGCGUGAGACACGGAAACUGUGCGUGAGGUACACUCUCCGCUCUCCGUCGUCGCAGUGCUGCUCGCGCCGUCGCACUGUCUCGGCGUCGUCGGAUCGCGUGCUUUCUCACGACGACUCGCAUAUCGUGACAAUGAAGACUUCGGCGGUCCCGAUGGCCGGAGAGAGCGGAUGAUUCGGCGGGCGGACGCACACGCAAAACUACUAAAACGCACGCCAGUUUAUCCAGAAUCCCAAGAGUCACUCUUCCAACAGUCUUACUUUGUCGUUUUCCUUCUCCGAUUCAUCUGUUGCUUCGCCAUUUUUCGCUCUCCACCAGAUGGUCUACAAUUAGACAAGGCGCGACAAACAUUCCGUGAAGAUGACCAUACGAAAUCUCUCAUCCUCGAGAAUUAAUUGCCCUCGGUUUCCUAGAAUUCGUGAGUGUUUUCCAUCGGAGCCAGGUGUGCGAUUACACGGACACGGACACGCCAUAUCUAGGAUGGAUGAAAAAAGUAUAUAACUGCGGGAGGGGGGACAGAUAAUCAUACGUGUCUUGGGGAUGGAGACACCUGUCUUUAUGUGGAAAAUGUGUGACAUGUUUCAGGGUCCGCGAUCCGCCCAAAGCGCUUACCAACACGAAUCCGUCGAAACGACACAGAGAACGGUGAGGAUCUGUAUCAACAUUAAAUCAACUUUUGUUUCAGACUGAAUGGCGAGCUCGAGACGGUGGCGAUGCUACUUCCGUACGACGGCUCCACGAUCAGCCGGCUCGACAAACUCUCCGUGCUCCGGUUGGCCGUCAGUUUUCUGCAAUGCAAAGCUCACUUCCAAGGUAUCGUAACUUUCGAAUGAUGCAACCGUAUCCUCAUUAUGUCACAAUGCAUCCGUCCUUUUCUUGCGUUCCGCCCGUCUCAGAAGUCUCGCUGAUGCAAUGUUGACUUCGAAAGGUGCCAAUUACUUCCCGUGCGAGCUGUCACAUUCCUUCCGUAACCACUCGAUGAUGAUGACCGUAUCCUUGACACUCUCUGCGUCUCUCUAGUUUCCGUGGUCUCUCGCAGUCCAUGUUUAUAUAGGAAUAGGUAUCAUGAUCAUCUUGACAUCUUCGUGAUACUUGAUACGCGAACCUGGCUAUUAGAAUUCAAUUCGAUCUACGUAUGGAGGGACUGAUUCUGAUUAACUUCUGCAAACAGAGAAUCAGAAAUGGUUCGGCCGUUUAGUAGUCGUCAUGUCAUGUUCGUCGUUGUCAUCGUCGACGCCUACAUAAUUCACUCGCUUCUUUUUCGGCUGCCAACAGAUGCGACGGCGAGAGAGCGUUCGGAAUGAAGAGAACCGAGACGAGGCAUACGGUAGGAGGCGGCAAUUAGAAGAAGAAGAUGCUCUGCUUGCUCCCCUCUUCUGGUCGCAUGUAUGUUAUGUCUCAAGUGAUAAAUUGGUCAUCUCGAUUGAAUGCGUGAUGAUGGGGCGGAGGAGGAGUAAGAGAAAGGGACGGAAUGAAUGGAAAGAAAGCGAGGGAUCGGGGGACUUCAAAUUGAAUGAGGGCGGAUACGGUAGAAUUUCUGCUGAUAAUUUUCCAAUACUUAUUCCAGCGUGUCUGCAUAACUCGCAGUUUCUCUCUGCCGGAUUCCCGAUGUCGACGCACUCGUACUCCUAUCAGCCGCACGCUCCGAUGCCGUUCUCCAACAAAGUUCCGACAAUAUUCGAUCCUCGGAUCGGAACUCCAAUGCUCGACCCGGAAGAGGCAAACUUCGAGGAGAUUGCAUUGAAAUCGCUCGGAGGCUUCAUCUUGCUGCUCAACGAUAACGGAGAGAUCUAUUAUGCAUCGGAGAAUGUGGAGGGGUACUUGGGAUUCCAUCAGUCCGAUGUUCUGCACCAACCCAUCUACGAUCUGAUUCACUCCGAAGAUCGGGAUGAUAUCCGUCAGCAACUUGAUAUAAACUUCCACAUUCCGACUUCUUCCGCUUCUAAUCACUUUGAUAUUUUCGCUCAGCGUAAGAUCUCCGAUCCCAAGACUCUACUGAACUGCUCAGAUUUUCAGAAAACUCUAAAUAUCUGGAGCGCAACGUCAAUGCCAGAUUCCGGUGUCUUCUUGAUAACACGUGCGGGUUUUUGGUAAUCCGUUCCAUUCCCAGUGACUUCCUCUUAUCCGCGCCUUUCCAGAGAAUCGACAUGCGCGGAAAGCUGAUGUCUCUGCACGGACUUCCUUCUUCCUACGUGAUGGGAAGAACUGCCUCGGGCCCAGUUCUCGGAAUGAUUUGUGUGUGCACGUCAGUUCAGAUCGAAAACUAUUCUGGCAACUUUUCGUUUUGUUUCAGACCAUUUGUUCCGCCCUCGAAUUCUGACAUGACGUCGGAAGAUAUGAUUCUAAAAACUAAACAUCAACUGGAUGGAUCGCUUGUUUCCAUGGAUCAGAAGUGAGUAAAGAGAGAUGUUAAAGAAUAAUUGGGGAAGUUCAGAGUCUAUGAAAUGCUGGAAAUCAGUGAAUCGGAUCUUCCGAUGCCACUCUACAAUCUGGUGCAUGUGGAAGACGCCGUGUGCAUGGCUGAAGCACACAAAGAAGGUACCAUUUUCAGUUUCGAGAAGGAUUUCAUUUUGUGCCCUAUUUCAGCCAUCAAAAAUGGGUCCUCUGGUCUCUUGGUCUAUCGAUUAGUGAGCACGAAGAGCCGAAGGACCUACUUUGUUCAAAGCUCCUGCCGUCUCUUCUACAAAAACAGCAAACCAGAGUCGAUUGGCUUGACUCACAGACUUCUGAAGUAAGGGAAACUGGAAAAAUUCUACUUAUGAAUGUGAUAUUUGCAGUGAAGUGGAAGGAACGAUGCUUUUGGAAAAGAGGAGUUCGCUGAAGGCAAAGCUGCUCUCGUUCGACGACUCGUUCCUCCAAUCGCCGAGAAACCUGCAGUCCACGGCGGCGCUUCCACUUCCAGCCGCGUUGAAAGAAGAGGAGGAGUGGUGAGUUGGGCAGAUUCAAAAAAGUUCAUGCUUCAUCGUUUCACAUUUCAGUCUGGAGCCCUCCACAUCGAACGGACUCUUCUCCGCUCACUCCGUUCCCGUAAUGCCGCCUCCCUCGAAGCCUCGGCGUCGGAAAGAAGAAGCGCCGCGCGCGGAGAUGAUUCCUCUGGCCGCUUCAAUCCACACUCCAGCUGCUCCGCAUCCUGCUCACUUCGAAAUGGCAAUGUUCGAUCCGUCGUGGAGUGCGCAUCAUCCGAUUCCUGCCACGUGGGCACACGAUGUCUAUCAUCAUUAUCCGCCAGCGGCAAUCGCCUAUCCCCAUCACGUUCCUCCGGUUGUCGGCUAUCCGGAUGUACCAAUUUCGAACGUUGACUAUGCCACGUGGCAUCAGAAUGGUGGGAAUGCGUUCAGAAGUCAAAAAAACGGAAGUUAAUUUUCAGAAUUGCACAUGCAAAUGUCCUCAAUUCCACACGGAUUCGCACCGGAAUCCGGAAAGGUGAGAAGGAAGAAACUGGCGGAUUAGAAAGGGAUUUCAGAAGAAUUCAAUUUUGACGGAGCCACAUGGCUUUGAGUUUUUACAACUUUAACCAAAUGUUAUUCUGCUUUUUACCAGUUACCAGUUAUCAAUUAGUUUCCCAGUUAUCUUGAACUAAGCAUUCAAAAGUUGUUUCAAAAGUAUUCCAUUACAUUUCCAUACAUUCUUCUAGAUACUGCCACACCCGACGAUGCACCAUUUCCCGGAAUACGCGGUCACGGUCCCCGCGCAUCUUCAUCACCCUUUGAAACAAGACAAUUUCCAUUUAAUCUCCGAAGUUUCCAAUCUGUUGGGCAACUAG